UCUCUCCCUCUCUAAUCUCAUCUGUUACUAAUGUUAACCAUGGCGCCCUUCUAUUGUUUUGUCUACGGUUCUUCUUGUCAAAUUUCUACUUAGAAGCUGUUUAAGCGAUCCUUCGUUUUAAUUUUGAAAGGAUAAUUGUUGGCUUUUUCUUCCGUUCGUCGGUUUGUUUCUCUAUUCUCUCUCUAUCUAGGUGUUGUUUUUUUUAUAUAUACGACUAACUGUAAUACGAUAUACCUUGCUGUUGCUGUCUAGCUAUGGCUGUUGUGUUUGAGGGCUUCUCGAUCCGUGAAUAUGCGGCGAAGAUGAGAAGCGUUGACGUGGUGAAAUGCUGGCCGUUUAGUGGAGGGACGGAUGAGAUAAUUAGCAAAGAAGAUAUCGCACCUUUGCUUCCACCGAUCACCGUCACCAAAUUCCGCUGGUGGUCCCACGAACUUGACCUUCUCAGAUCAUCAAACAACUCCAACUCCUCUAGUGUUGAAAAUGCUGAAGCUAAAGAAGAUAAUAAGUUGGUGGAGGAGGAAGAAGAGAAAUUAGAUAUGGCUUGUCCAAUUUGCCGGGUUUUCACAGCAGCCACAGUGAACGCUGUGAAUGCACAUAUUGACAGCUGUCUCGUCCAGGCUUCAAGGGAGGACAGACGCCAAAUGAGAUUGGCCAUAAAGGCAAAAUCAAGACCGCCUAAAAAAAGAUCUAUCGUCGAGAUAUUUGCUGAGUCUCGGCAGAUCGACAAGGUUGAUGUUGAUGACGACAAUUUGGAUAAAGAGGACGGUCAGCUACAUGAACUGGAUUGUACUAGUGCUGAGUUUAAUUUCAAGAUUGAGAAGAAAAAGAAGAAUAAGAUGAAGAAAGUGAAAAUGGUUAACAAGUUGACGAAGAAGAAGAAGUUGAAGAAUAAGAGUUUAAAGAAUAGGCUAAUUACAAACAAGAAGGAUUAUGAUGAUUCAUUAUUUUAUGUCAGUGUUUGGAAAAAAUCUCCUUAUUUGUCUAAGUUCAAUGGAAUGGUACUUCAGGAGAUGUGUGCCCAUGAGAAGCUUCCACUCAUUGGCUAUGCUGAUGAUCCUUUGACUGGGAAACUUAAUUUUUAG